GCGGGAAAAUCGCCGUUAGGGUUUGCUUUUCACUUAUUUGUUCUUCUUCCAACGCUUCCCCUUCCCUCUGGUGAUUGUGGAAUCAAUCAAUCAUGAGGACCAGGACGGUGAAGCGAGAAUCGGAAGCAACCGGAGAAGGCAGCGGUGGCAGAGACGGCGACGAGUCGGCGCGGUUUAGGGCUGUGAAGAAGGAGAAGAAUAAGGGCGUAGCUUCCUCCGUGCGAAUCGACGAGCCGGCGAGUCAGGAAGAAGAAGAGGGACAUGAACAGGGAGUAUCUGAUCGGAGAGUUCUCAGAUCUCAGUAUCUCGCUCUAAUCAACAAAAUCAGCGAUUCUAAAGAUGAUUUGACGAGUGUUGAUUCUGAUAAAUUCUCCAGAAUUUUCAAUGAAUUUGAGAAUUUGCACCAGAAAGUUCAGAAGCCUAGGGAGCAAAUUGCAGAUGCUGAGGCGUUUCUGGAUAUUGCAAACACCAUGUUGUCAUCUGUCAAGUCUCAGUCUGUUAAUGGGGUUUCUCCGGCUGAGUUUGUUAAUGCUUUGGUCAAUGGGUUUGGUCAGCCUUCUCAAAGGAUUGACACCGAUGAAUCUGCCCCUGUAUCUAUAAAAUGGAAGGAUCUUGGGCUUGCUGUCUGUUCUACUGUUUUGGUAUCAUGUGGUUGUUCCACAAUGUUGGGACCUAUGGACACUGAACUGAAGGAAAGGAAAAGGGCAGUCUACAGAAAACGUACAAAGCCUGGUGAAGGCUUUCGUCCCGAUGAGGUCGACGAUACACAAUCAGAAGAGAAAACUGAUACAGACAAGAACAUGGCGAUAAUGUUUAACAUCUUACGGCAAAAGAAGCGCGUGAGGCUUGAGAAUUUGGUGCUCAACAGAAGAUCAUUUGCACAGACUGUUGAGAAUUUGUUCGCUCUAUCUUUCUUGUCCAAAGACGGACGAGUAGAGAUCAUUGUUGACAAGAAUGGUUCACAUUUUGCCUUGCCGAGAAACGCACCGGCUGCGAACCUGGUGGCGUCAGGGGAAGUCACUUACAACCACUUUGUGUUUAGAUUCGAUUUCAAAGACUGGAAGCUGAUGUCUGAAAUGGUGCCCAUGGGGGAAGAGCUAAUGCCACACAGAGAAACUGCAGUCGCUUCAUCUUCUGGUCCCUCUGACUUCCCUCAAGAUUCUCAGACAACACCGAUAAGAAAACUCUCUAGAAACAGAGGUUUGGUUGUACAAGAAGACACUGUUGUAGAAGACUCUCCUGACGUUGAGGGCGAUGGAACUCGGAGGAGAUGUAAGCGGAAACUCACCUGAGAAGAUGAGUCUCAUUGUAGGGAGUAUAUAGAGUAGUACUAGUGAUUUUAAAAACUCAUUUUGCUGUUUGAUAUUCUGACAUUUAACUUAAUGUCUUCUUUAGGAUUGCUUUGUUCAUCGUAGGUUCUUAGCAUUUAAAUGGCUUUGUGUUGUCGACU